CCUCUUUCGUGGUCCGUCCAUCCCUAAUCGAUUUCUGCGACAAUCCGCAGGUCCUCAAGAUGGUUCGUCGUUCACUCUCCUCCUUUCCAGCUUGGCUUGGCUUGCCCGCCGAGCACGAUGAAGUCUUUGACCCCCAAGCCCGCUUCGUUACGAGCUACAUUCUACCUCCUUGGCUCUUAGCGCUCAUCCGCACCAUCUUCGCCCUCUACGCUCUCGUUACUCUCAUUUUGGAUUUCGUUUUUGGAGGAGCGGAUCAGUUUGCUUACUUUACCGUCCUCUCCUACUCCGGAAUCACUUCUUGGUUUCUCGUUUCCGCUUUCCAAGGAUUCACAUAUACCCACUCUCUUGCACGAUGGCACAAGACCUUCACCUCUUCGCACUUGCCCACGAGUGACAAGCUACAAUAUCCUCAGAGCUGGCUCUCCAAGAAAUUUGCUCGACCACUGCAGUUUGCUCACUUGCUGCUAUGGUCCACCGUGGCCACGUACCCGCUCAUCCUGACCAUCGUCUUUUGGUCCGCAUUGAGCGGCGGCGCACUGGACGGCCUACAGCGCGCUUGGCAGAACAUUUCGGUGCACGGUCUGAACUUGGCUUUCGCUAUGAUUGAUGUCAUCGUCAUCGGCAGAGGACCUAUGUUGCCCUGGUCGCACUUGCUUUUUGUAGUCUGCCUUCUCGCUCUCUACGUCGGCGUCGCGUAUAUUCACUACUCUGCGAGUGGAGAUUACGUCUACGAUUUUUUGGAUCCAGGCUUCGUUGGUGGUCAAGGACCGCUAGCAGGCGUGGUCAUCGGCGUAGGAGUAGGCUGCUGUCUUUCCUUCCUCGUUGGCCAAUUCCUCAUAUGGUUACGGGAAUGGCUGGCCGCUUUGCUACAACGAUCAGGAGGAUGGGGCUCGGCCAAACCAGUCGGAGUGCCCGACGAUGCUCUUGUUCCCACCAAAUUUGGUCCGGGUCCAGACGGCGAAGGCGGUCAGCGCAGCUCGUCGGCCGGACCUUGGAGGCAGCGAUGGCCUCCUGCCAUCUCGCACGGCGUCGGCUCUGCAACGAGCACGACCUAGCCCCAUCUUGGUUGACCUCUACAACACACGGACCUUUUGCUCUGCUUGUACAAAGCCACUACACGCGUACUGUAAUCAGAUGGGACGAGGACGGCGCUGCAUAUGGAGCAUGCAUUUCUAUCAUAGCGAGACACUCUCGUUGCG